GGUGACGACCCUCCGUGGCAUUGGGAAGUGCACAAGCCUCUCGUGUCCAGGGCUGAAGAAGUGUAUUCUUCACGACGGGUCAGCAGGUGUAGCAUUAAAUCCCGGACUUUGCCUAAAACAAGCAUACAAAGUGUAAACAUUCAACACUGUGCAGAGGAAACGGGAUAGAUUUCCUAAACAUACACAAUGUUCAUCGAAGUGAAUUGGCAAUAAUAGUGUUUUGUGUGCAGAAAACAUAAUCGUUACUAUAGCGAUAUUCGGAACAACAGAGGCAAACAAUGACAAUGUCUCAACUUCUGAAGCGCACGAAGAAAUGCUGCAUGAAGUUGCUGCGAAAAUUGUCGGUGAAUGACGACGAGUCCCAGGAGUCGGACGGGCAGAAGUCGCGUUACGGCCAGCCGAGGACAAUUGGGAAGUAUCGUCUGCAGAAGAGUCGCGUGGACAGGUGCGAAAUGAGCCCGCGCUCCGACUAUGGCGCGUGGAGUGUGGCGUCUUUCGACGAUGAUCCGUCGUACGAGAACGUCGCCAUGGCCAAGUAUCGCAACUACAGGCAGAACUUGGCAAAGUGCUUCCGGCGCGAUGCCGUGGGCAAGAAGAAUCUCACUAAUCGCCGUCAUAUUUGGCCCACGUCCAGCUUCAACGACGACGAGGAGAUCGUCUUCACGGAAAACAGGAUCUAUAUCGGGCUAAGCGACCGGAACUUGAAGCCGGACGAGGCAGACGUGGUGGACAAAGUGAGUAAGAAGACGGUCGAGGAGACAAUCUGCUCGAAUCUUGAGGCGAAGCUUGAGGAAAAGAAUCAGGCAGACAACAUGACGCAGCAGAAUCCAGGGUUGAUCUUCGAGAAGGUGAAGUACAACAAGGACAAGAAGUAUCUUCAGCACUCUCCGUCUGUCCACAGCAACGCCAGCACAGUUUCGUCCACGCUCGGCGGCCAUUUUCCGCCAAUGGCGGACAACACUUCCAUGUCCAUCAACUUCGAGCAGUUGUCGCCGCGCCAUGAGCGCACAGACGCCCAGCGCAGGUCUGAGUAUGACAACUGGCCGGACUUUCCGGACGACAGCGGCUUCGGGAGUGAAACCAAGUGCAAUUUCGAGUGGGACGCGAGCUGGGGCGACGACGCGAAGCGCCCCACGCCCUGGGACGCCGAAGAGGCCGACACCAAGACUCUUGACUCCUGGGAUGUGCUCAAGAGCAAGGUGUUCGACACGAGCGACACGUGCUGGUGCAGCCGACGCACCAGCCUGUGCACCGUUGAGACGUGGCUGGAGGACGAGGCGUUUGACAACUCCUUCAACGAAGAACUGGAACGACGGUGCGCCCUGCAGCAGAGGUAAAUGCCCGAGUCCCAAGCAAUUGUGUAUCUAGUGCGACAUGGUCGAUUUUCUUUCCAUCAACAACAAUUUUCUUUUUUUCUUAUAAUUAAAUACAUAUACACAAGUAAUU